CGCUCAGCACAGAAUCAGGAAAUUGCCGUGCAUAGCUCAGUUCAAGACCAUAUCUCUGUGUUAAUUUCUGGAAAGACGGAUCAAGAUGAUCAAGAAGAAGACUUGGACGACUUUGACGACCAGGAAGAGGAAGGAGAGGAUCUCGACGAAGAUCUCGAUGAUGACAUGGACGCUGGAGAAGCACAAAUUGUGAUGAACGACAUCGCUUUGCGUCACCUCGCUAUGGCCGAGCUCGAGGAGAUGGGCCUCGUCGGCAUUGGCGAGGAGGAUGAUGAGGAGGAUUUCUACGACGACGACGGAAACCUUAAUGAGGUUGAUCUCGACGAGGCGCUCUUCAAUCCCCCCCUUGGCGGACUUUACGCUUGAAGACGAAGAAGACUUUGAUGAGGACGAUGACGAUGAUGUGGGAGUGUACAGCUACGUAUACGACACUCGAAUGCUCCACGGUCAUCCAGAGGGCUUCUACGACCGCGUCGAACGUCCAAUCGCUGCGGGCCUGCAAGCCAAGCUGAGCGGCGACUUCGGACGACUGCCUCGUUGGCACACAUCUCUCUCCACGCUGCUGCCAUCAACCUCAGCAAGCACCAGAGAUACCUCGCCAUUGACCUCUGGCUACAACUCCAAACGUCGAAGAAGCAGGCGGACUAGCAGGCGGACUAGCAGCAGCGCUAGUAGCAGUGACGACGGCGCUAUAUUCACGUCCUCGCGCAGAGGCCAGAGGAGCGCUUUCCUCGUGCCACACGAGGAAAGCGAGGAAGACGGUCGCGCAUCACAACACACCGCGGGCAUAUCUGCUUUUUCGCAGUCACGUAAUCUGGCGGAUAUGAUUUACGCCCGCAAAACGGCGAGGGCAAGCGGUAGCGGCGCUAGAGCUGGGGAGACAGAGGCGAAUGCCUUGGCAAGAAGCCAGCUUGGCGCAUAUGUACCGAAUUCGGAUGGUGUCGAGGUUGCGAGAUAUGGAAGUGCUUGCUACUGCGGGCAAUAUUCUCAGGACUCCUCCUUCUUCUACACCUGCACGCAAGACUAUCGCGUUCAGAUGUACGACGUGAAUAUCGCGCCGCUGCACCGCGCCGAAACGCACGAGUUUGGCUUUUCCGGCGGCUUCCGGCAUCGCUUGCGGCAAAUGUACCACGAAGACGAGAGCUCGCACACCACCUCGCUGCAACUCAGGCGCAGCAUCGCAGGUAGGAUGUGCAACUGGACCAUCAGCGAUGCGCAUCUCAGCCCGGAUAAUCGAUGGAUGAUCUACUCAAGCCUCACGCCUCACGUCCACCUCGUCCCGACGGCGGACGUCGCGGAGGGCGUGAUGGGUUCCGAACCCGGUGCUCCUGUUGCUUUAUCAAAUCAUGGAGCGAGGAUGAAUACUGCUGACAGCCAGCAGGUCAUGUUGGACUUUACGGGUCAAUCCUCUUCCAACGGCUACUACGGCGACGCGCUCUUCUCGAUCCGCUUCUCGGGAAACGGCAAAGAGAUAGUCGCCGGAGCGCGCGCUGGCGAUAUUUAUGUGUACGACAUCGAAGCGCGGGGGCGCGUCUUAUCCAUCGAAGCGCACAGCGACGACGUCAACAGCGUCUGCUUUGCCGAUGCCGGCAGCACCAACAUGCUUCUGAGCGGCAGUGACGACGGAACAGUCAAAGUCUGGGAUCGGCGAUCGCUCAGCAACGCCAAAGCAGCAGGAACGCUGCAAGGGCAUUCGGGUGGCCUAACAUUCGUCGCGCCCAAGGGCGACGGGCGGUAUUGUGUAUCGAACGGCAAGGAUCACGCGUGCAAGCUGUGGGAUCUGCGGAUGAUGUCGGAUGGAGAUGCCGCAGCCUCCCCCAUCUCGGGCAAGAUGUCCCAUUUCAGGGAAAGGAAAGACCACUCGCUGAUGACGUAUCGUGGGCAUGCGGUGUGUAGGACGCUCAUUCGCUGCAAUUUCAGUCCCAUCGCCACGACUGGACAGCAGUAUGUCUACUCAGGUAGCGCAGAUGGUCGUAUUCACAUAUGGUCUCUGGAUGGCCGCACAGUACAGACGCUCGAUCGCUCGCGUUCCAUGCCUCUUAUCUCUCCCGUGCCAGGGCGUAGCAGGCAGCCCAACGACCCCUCAGCACCGGAGUCCGAUCCGCCCGUGCCGAGUCGCGACAGACGUGUGAUUAACACGGUGCGCGACGUGUCGUGGCACAGCAGUGAGCCGAGUUUGAUGAGCACCAGCUGGGGCAGCGCCGGCGGAGACGGCGGGAGCGUUGCAAAGCACGAAUGGAAGGGAUUCGGCAAGAAUGGGCUUACAAAACUGGAAGAUUGGGUGGAGAAGAUGCGUGCAGAAUGCUAUGCGUAAACGGCCAUGGUAUUAUUUCGCCGCAAUGCCCUCCCUACAUUGCUUUUAACCUCAAUAGUUUGCAUACGC